CGCAAACUCACCACUUGUGCCUUGACUCUCGCGUCUCGAUUCCAUUCCUUUUCCAACGAUCGCCGGAACGACGUGUUGAAAAUUCAAUUAUUGUUUCAAUUUUUACAAUUAUACAGUAUCAGUCAGAAAUUAUUUUAACUUGAUUGAUCCAUUAUUUGACUCAACUAAGUGAUAUUAUUUCAUUCUACAGAUGUAAAAUAUUAUUGUCACCGUCACUGAAAGGUUUUAUUUUGAAUGCGUAAAUUUUACCAAAGUGUGUAUAUCUCAUGAAGCAUUAAAGUGAUUUUUAUUUAAUUGGAGUGUGUGAUUAGCAAUGAAAAUUUUUACACAUGGUGUUUACAUUGAUAAAUUUUUUUCGUAAACAUUAAGCAUUAAUUUAGACAUCUGGAACCCAUUUCCUUAAUAAUUUUGUCACAAGCUAAAUUCACUAGUGAAUAAUGUAAAUGUGUUAAUUAGUAUGUGUAACACUUGUAAUCACUAAAAAAAACAAUGAUAAAUUUAUUAACACCGUGUAAAGCGUGAGUGUCAAUGUGAUCCAAAUAUUAGCAUAGUGUAUCAAUGUCAUUGCAUCUUUUUAAGGUUUUAUACACAAAACUGAAAUAUUAUUGAAUCUGCAGAAACAGUUGAAUUGUAUACACUCAUUCAAUGAUAAUUCAAUUUAUCAAAUAUAUUGUAAACCAUGAAACGAACUACUAGAAAAAAUGUCGAAGAUGUUUAUGUCAAGUUGUGACCUCGAUCUUGAGGUUGAUCGCUAAUAGCUCCAUAGGAAAGUAAGUUUUGUUGACAUAUAGAACCUUACAGGCUUCAUUUAUCAAGAGAAAGAUUAAAAAACUACUUAUUACUUUUAACUCCAAAAUAUAACAAACUUUGAAAAUAAAAUUCAAUUGCAAAAAAGAAAUAAAGGAAAUAAAGAAAAGUCUAGAAUUUUAUCGAUCGUCACAACUACUUAAUACAGGGACGCCUUCAUUACAAAAAGAAGAUGGGAUCUUACAGACACGUGUGAAUGAUUUCUUUGUGGAUUGUAGUUAUCUGAUGUCUAUAGUGUUUAUUUAAAGAGGGUAGUGAUUCGCAUAUGCAGUAGAAGACGUCACGAUACACAAGGGCAAAAUAAAAUCGAUUACCGUCAAGUUUGCUGCAUCAUAAAAGUACAAUGACCUCCAAAACGGGAAGGGCUUAUUCGGUGAGAUCUCCAAGAAUAGGAGGCCCAUUAUCGCAGUCCCUUGCAAUGAUUCCACCAACAAUGCAUGGACAUGAAUUCAAUCAACCCUUGUCGAGGGUCGUUAUGGUCAGAAAGACUGACCAGAGAACAUUCAGUAAAGGUAGAAGAGGCGGAGAACCUCUAUUAGAAACUGUAACACGUGAAACUGUAGAGUUAUUCAACGGUGGACGUGCUGAAAGGAAAUACACUUCAGAAACAAGGGAUAUAGUAACACCAAAGUCGAGUAGAUCAAGAGAAAAUUCUGUACGAUCAAAAUCACCAUUAACUGCAUCUCCAGCCUCACCUGGGCCUUUAUCCAGUUCACUUCACGGUAGUUUUCAUGGAAGCCUUGGAAGCGAUGGAAUGUCUUGUAGUAGUGCGAGAUCAUCCUCAGCUUCUCCCGAUUCAGCUCGUUAUUCAUCCUCUCAGAUAACAAAGACUGACACGCGUAAACCAUCUGUGCGCAGAUUUGGACCUGAUAAAGAAUUUAUCAAUCUGUGUUUGGAGACUCACAAUUACUAUAGAUCCCGACAUGGAGUCCCGCCACUUCGACUUAAUAAACAGCUUUGUAAAACGAGUCAAGACUGGGCAAACAUUUUGGCAACUAAAGGGAGACUAGAACAUAGAGCCAACAUAGAAUAUGGCGAAAAUUUGUAUUGUAUGUGGAGUUCAAAUCCAAAGACAAUUGUAAAUGGCGAUGAGCCAGUUAAUGACUGGUAUGCAGAAGAAGUGCAACAUCAAUAUAACAGAGAACCUACAACCCUAAAAACAGGUCACUUUACGCAGGUCAUAUGGAGAGGCAGUACAGAACUUGGCGUUGGAAUGUCUCGUAACCGCAAUGGAGAAGUAUACGUGGUUUGUAAUUAUAACCCAGCAGGAAAUUUUCUCGGAAGUUUUAUGGAAAAUGUGUUACCACCAGCUGACAGAUCACCGAGACCCUCUGUACUCAAUAAAGUCAGCUUACCUUCGUCAGAUAUGAUUGCAUGGCAACAAGAAGCUUUAAAUGUUCACAAUGAAUACAGGAGACGUCAUAGAGCACCUGAUCUUAUACUAAAUCCUGAAUUAACAGCGGCUGCGAAAGCAUGGGCAAACAAACUGUUGAAUACAAACAAAUUGGUGCCUCAAUCAUCAUCACCUUACGGCGAAAAUAUUUACUCCGUCCAGUGUUCUGACCCGAAUCUCACAGUUUCUGCCCGUGAAGUAGUGUCAAAAUGGUACUCAGAGAAAAAAGAGCAUAAGUUUGGAGUUGAACCAAAAAUUUUGAAUACUUGUCACUUUACUCAAAUCGUGUGGAGGAAUACAAGUGAAAUGGGAAUAGCCAUAGCUAAAAAAGACGGUACAUGUAUUAUUGUUGCUUGUUAUUACCCGAGAGGUAAUAUUGUUGGACAGUUUACGGAAAAUGUUCUUAAAUCAGUUAAAAACGUUUCAUAAUAUUUUUAUUGUGUUCUUAAUAUUACCGGUAUAUAAAUUGUAUUUAAAUUUUUUGAAUAGACUUAUGUACGCAUUUAUGUAUAUAAUACAUACGUACCCAUGCAUAGAGUAAACAUUCCAAUAAAUAAUUAUAAUAAAUAUCCAUGAGAAAUAAAUAUUUAUAAAAAUUAAUGUUAAAAAUUAGGAUAAAAAUUCCAGUUAUUGUACUUGGACAAUUUUUACUUCUU